GCCCUUAACCAUCCCUCAAACUUAUCUUAGAAAUAAACCCAAUAGCAUUCUCGUCUUACUUUCCCAUUACGAUUUGAAAAGUAAAACUUCAUUCUUCAUACUAUAGAAGUUUAUUUUCAUAGCUUUUACAUUUUCAAAUUCCAAUAGUAGGCAUUACCUAGGUAGUUUUCAGAAAAUUCUCAACUUGUUAAAAAUUCCCCCAAAAUCGAAAUGUCAAAUUGAGCGCCUGAAAUUUUGUAUGAGUUGAUGACCAACUCCAGAAUUUUUAUCAUUAAGACAAAUUCGUUUUGAGAUAUGAACAGAAUAUUCAAUACUCUGUGUUUAGGUAGGUACUUGAAUAAUUGAUUAAUAUAAUAUGUAUUUUAAUCAAUCUAACAAGUCAUAUGUACAGCAUAUUUGAUAUGAAGAAAGUUUCCACAAACAAAUCCAAGAUUAAAAUUUAAUCUGUAAAAUUAGUUACCAACUCUAAAAUAUGUUAGUUUGAUUUUAUCCAUUCUUUUGAAGUGAUCGUUUUAUUUUGAGUUGAAAAUGAAUCUAUUGAGGAUAAAUGAGGUGAUGUUAUUGCUCUUGUUCAAUUGUAUUCUUAUUCAACAUCGAUCAACAAAGGCGGAUACUAACACGAUUCAAUGGAACAUUGAUGCUAAAGCUCCAAAUGAAAUAACAUAUAAUUGGACCAUACCUAAUUUUAUGGAUCUACGAUAUACUCGUCUACAAAUAUGCACGGAAAUUCCUACUAAGAAAACACAAACAACUAAAUGGAGAGUAUGUUUACAUCCUCAGGGUAUAGAAUAUGACCGUGAAGAUUACAUGGGUUUGCGUCUUCAAUUGGUCAAUUGUGGCGGUGAGUUUAAAAAAACUAUAGUGAAAUUCAAAGCUACCAUUAUCGAUAACGAACACCACCGAGAUAGGAUAUUUAAAGAAGAAGUGAAAGAACUCAAUGCUGACAUGAACGAAAUUUGUUGGGAAGAAUUUUGCGACGGAGACAAAGAUCUUAUUCGGUUUGAGUUACUGGAAGAUGGCGCAUUAACUAUUUACAUUCGAAUAUCAUAUUGCAUCGAAUGCACUUUUUAUGGGCCUGACGUUGUCAAAUGUGAUCUUUUGGAUGACUUCGGUUCAUUACUUGAAGAUUCCAAACACGCGGACGUCGAGUUAACACUACAAUCAAAUGGGAAAAAAUACUUCGUUCAUAGAGCUAUUUUAGCAGCUCGUAGUGGUCAUUUUGCACGCUUGUUUGAAGACGUCGAUAAGAAACAUGAACAAAUCACUGUAAUGGUCACAAACACGGAUGAAGAAAUAAUUGAUGAAAUUCUACGAUACAUUUAUAAGGGAGAAUGCGAAAUUUCAAACCAAACAGCAGAUAGGUUAUUGUCGGCUGCUAAUCAAUACGAAUUGGAAGGUUUGAAGACACUUUGCUCGCAGUUUAUGUGCGAUGAGUUUUCGUGUGGCAGUGCAGCAAAAGUGAUCGUUUAGAUGGAUUCAAAUCCAACGUGGUUAGUUUUAUUGUAGAGAACUGUUUCCAAGUAUUGAAAACUAUCGACUGGAAAAAUUUGGUCGAACCCAAUUCUCUGCUGCUCAAAGAAAUGUGUGAAAUUUUCUCCCAUCGACUUAGCAUAAAAAAUCAUAGAUCCUAAUACUCCGUGACAAAAUUUUACAGCAUAGCAUCAUUUUCAUAUUACCUAGGUAAUCAUUUCUUUAGAUGUGGUUUUGUUUUUCAAUUUUAGCCAAUUACAUAUCCACUUACGUAAUUUAAAGAUUAGCUUAUAUGUACUUACAUUAAAGUGGAUCGCAAAAAAAACUCAUGAUUUUGACCCACGUCUCCAAGAAAGGAAAAAGUUGUGGGUUUUUCGCCCUAAGCCUUACAAAACUUUACAAUCCUAUUAUGGAAAAAAAGGCUCACAAUAGUAUUUAUUUGAGAUUCUAGGUACUGGAUUUUGGACGGUAUUGGUAAAAAUAGGUAGGUAGGUACUAGGUAGGUAUACCCAGAUUAUUAAGAUCUGUUCCUAAAUCAGUGAGAAGAGUCACAAAUGACGAUAAAUUUAAGCUAAUGACGAUCUUUUUGAACCCAGAAAACCCAAAAAUCUGCUGGAGGAACCCAGUUUUUCAAAAAAUUUUCGCUCUUGCUUCACUCAGACAAUAAUUUUACCAUCGUUUUCAUAUACGUAAUAAUGGCAUAUCACGAAAGGUUUUCGGAAAAUGAUCUUUAAUUACCGUUUUUUCAUUCCUAAAACUCUGCCCCCCCUACCACGAGAAAAUCUUAGCUACAUCCCUGAUCUUCCUACUUGAAUUUUCAAAAAUUUGUUCAAAAUCAAAAGGUCAAAUUGAGCGCUUGAAUUUUUACACAAAAAGUGUUCUUAUGCUAAAUGAAGGUACGUGAUACCCUAUCUUUAAAAUGAGGUGCUAUUCAUUCCUCACAAUUAAUUUAUAAGUUGAUGAAAAUAAUGAAACAAGUUUUAAAAAAAAAAGAAAAUCACUCUCGUGUAAAAUUUCACUUUUUUGAGAUGUAACCUUAGUACUCCCAUAAGGCGCGAUAUGUUGGGUAACCAUCCUCCUGAAUUUUUAUCAUCAAUGCUAAUGAACGGGUUUCGAGAUAUGAACAUAUUAUCGAUAACUUUUCUAAAGGUACUUGAAUAAAUUAUGAUAUUUUAAUCAAUCUGAUAAGUCAUAUGUAUAGUAUACUUGAUACGAAGAAAGUUUCUACAAACAAAUCUGAAAUCAAAUUUGAAUGUGCACAUUAAAUCUGAAUACCUAAUUACACUGAAAUAAUUUGGUUUAAUUUUAUCUAUUUUCUUUUGAAGAAGUUUGGUCCUGACCGGUGUUUCAUUUUGAGUUGAAAAUGAUUCUUUUGAGGAUAAAUCGGGUCAUUUUAUUACUGUCGUUCAUUUGUAUUCUGAUUCAAGGAUUGUCACGAAGAAGCGAAGAAAUUGAAAAACUCUGGAAAGUGUUACCUAGCGAUGACUUGAGUAAAGUCGUGAACAAGAAUUACACCAAGAAAUUCCUUUAUCGUUGCGAAAAUUUAGUCACUGAAACAUUGUUAAAAUGUCAGAACGUAUUUCAAAAUGCACGGGAUAAAUGCGUUGAAAAUACAAUCUUUGUUCUGAGAUAUUUCUGUGACUAUAUCGAUAUUAAGGAUGUAUGCGGUCUUAAAAACCUUUUUGGAAGUGAUAAUGUAUGCCGUCCAAAAAAUGUCAUACCUGCUCAGCUCGGACAAACGUAUGCAUUUUUGCAAAAUUCCAAAAAUAAACUCAAAUCUGAAUUUCAAGAAAUCAAGUUUCAUUAUAAAAUUACCGAAGUUGCUCAAGACGCGAAAAAAAUUGCUAAAGACAUGUCUGGAACAGUUAAAGUAAUCGUCGACCAAUAUUCGGAAAAGAAAGGAUGGUUGAAGUCAUUUACCGCAUUCAUUGUCAGAAUUGCUGCGUUCUCUUUUCUAUUCAUUAUUUUCAGUUGCCAUAAUUACAUUUCCAAUUACUUAACGGAUGUCGAAGAGGAUAACAUGUACAUAACCUGGUAUUUUCGUAAAAUUGAUUAUCGAAGAUAUAUCAAAGGUAAAUUCACGUUGCUUCCGUUGAAAAGUGGAGAAAAACGAGAUCUCUCAGAUGUGUAUCAGAUUUACUUGACGACUGCUGAGAAAGCAGAAUUUCUGCAUGCUGUAAUUGGAACUUUGUUGAUGUUUUUCUUCACAAUACUCUUCAUUAGUAUCGAUCUUCUUCUGUAUAAUAUAUUGGAUGAUAUAAGAACUCAUGGAAAUAUCAGUUACGAACAAAUAGGCCAUCACGAUUUAUCGCUCGAAAUCAAAGGCGUCGGUUUCCUAGCAUCAAUGUUACGUUCGAUAGCUCAUAAUUUCGUGGUGAAAAAACGAGUAAAACAAUAUUCCACCAAUGAAGCGUGUUUACCAAAUCCGUCAGUACCGGGGGCGUAUAAUAUCAAGAUUUUCGCUAGUUUUUUUUUACUUUUUAUGUUAUCUUGGAUGAAUGUGUAUGUGUUGAAAAGAUUGUGUCGUUAUGUUUGCAGUUUGUUUUAUCCAAAGGCUGAAAAAAAACGCGUCAUUUUUCUAUACAACCAAACUUUGAAAAAACGAAUAACGUAUCUAAACUACAGACUGGAUAUUGUAAGAAGGGAAGCACGUGAAAAGAAGAUACCGGAACCACUAACAUUCCCAUUAGCGUUGAGAAUAAAACAUCCAAAGCUGUUCUCCUGGUUAUUGUAUUUUAACCAAGGUCGAAGAUCAUGUCUGAUAUGUCACGAAUUAGAACCGAAAUCCGGUGGAGAAAAUCAUUGCAAAUCCAUACAUUGCUAUUUCUAUUACUGUAAUCAAUGCUGGGACAUCGUAGUCAGGAAAAAAUGUAUAGGAUGCCCCAAGUACAUUGACACCGCACCGCUGGCCGAAGAAGUGUAACUUUUCAAUAAAUUUUUUUAAUUUUGAAAAAUAAUAAUAAAUGGUGAAAUUAAUAAUAAAAAUACGUUAAUUUUAAUUUGUACUUGUGAUUACUUAAAAAUCAUAAAUAAAAUGUAGAAAAUAUACUGAUUAGCUCUACGUUUAGAGAGCAUUAAAUUAUUGCUUAAGAUUUUGAAUUUAAACAAUGAUUCAUUUUAUAAUGUUUUCGCAGUUACUUUACUUUUGAUAAUUAAAUUUCUACCGUGUA